AUGCAUAUUUCGUACAGGUUGGAAGUGAAGAAAUGGCAAAUGAGAAGCCCGGAAGACAAACAAUCAUUUAAACGUAGAAAAACGUAUAUAAUCAAUCGUUUUCGAAAAGAAGUUGGUAUUAUUAUUGAUCAACCUAAACAAGGUUGUGUGUCAAGCAAUGAUGGUAAUACUGCUCGGAGGUUUUUUGAAAAUGCUUUAUUAUCAGCAGAAAUUACCGGAUUGAAUGUAGAACUAAUAUCUAGAUUUGGAGUAAUACUUGCAACAAUUUCAAGUGGUUUUCAUAUAAAUAUUUCGGCAUUUGAAAAGUAUGCUAUGGAUACGGCAAAACUUUACAUAGAAUAUUAUAACUGGUACUAUAUGCCAGCUAGUGUCCACAAAAUUUUAUUGCACGGUGCCGAUGUUAUUAAACAUUGUUUGCUACCAAUUGGGCAACUAUCUGAGGAAGCCUCGGAAGCGAGAAAUAAGCAUUACAGAUCUUUUCGAGAACAUUUCACUAGGAAAACCAGUCGGAUUGAUACAAAUAUAGAUCUUCUUCAUCGUUUAAUCGUUACUUCUGAUCCGGUUAUAUCAUCAAUACGGCCAAAUCCUUCCAAAAAAAUGGUGCCAAUAUCCCCAGAAGUGUUAACUCUUUUAACUAGUUCAGAUUCAAUACCUAUAGAAAAAACCGUUGCUAUUCCAAACUCAGAAUCUGAAUAA